AUGCGUCGGCGGCGAUCGGACGAGCUUCCACGGUUUGAGACGGAGCCUGAGCGGCGGGCGUGGCGGGCGCGGCGUCGUUACCCAUACUACAUUGGCGGCUUCGUAUUCGUGUGCUGGUUGCUGUAUCCGCGCCACGGUCAAGUACCCAAGACGGGAGGCGGGCUCGAGAUCAAUUGGUUAAACUAUGCAUAUAGUGUUUAUGCGACGGACAGUGCUUCGCUCUGCCAUGCUGUGCUAGUGCUCGACGCACUCAGCCGGUACGGGAGCAAGGCAGACCGCGUUCUUUUCUAUCCGGAACACUGGGACACGACGGUGGAGAGCUCGAAAGAUCGGGACAGCCAGCUGCUGGUUUUGGCACGCGAAGUGUACAAGGCCAAGCUGCAUCCUGUCCACCCGCUCCAGGUGGCGGGUCGUACCAAAGAGCAGUGGGUAUGGGACGAGACGGUGACGAAGCUCAUGGCUUUUUCCCUCGAGUAUUACGAUCGCGUCAUUGCACUGGACUCGGACCUUACGCUGCUCGGGUCACUCGACGAGCUCUUUCUGCUGCCGCAAACGCCAAUGGCCAUGUCGCGCGCAUACUGGACCGACAGUAAGCCAUGGCCGCUCUUGACGAAGCUUAUGGUGAUCAAGCCCAGUUUGGCCGAGUUGGAAAAGUUUAAGCGGCGUAUGGAAGGUGGUGGUGACACGACGUUGGUUCAAAUGCACAGAUAUGACAUGGAGAUUUUGAACGAACGGUACGAGGAUAGCGCGUUGGUCUUACCACAGCGGCCGUAUGCUCUUCGCACGGCCGAGUUUCGGCAGCAUCAUCAUGCCGACUACCUAGGGGAUGCAGAUGAAGAGUGGGACGCGGAAAGGGCUUACAAAGAGGCGAAAGUGGUGCAUUUCAGCGACUACCCACUGCCACCACCGUGGUACAUGUGGCCGCUGGGCAGCCUGGAAGAGAUGCAGCCCGAUUGCGGCGGCAGCCACGAAGGGACUUGCGCGGAAAGACGGAUAUGGAAACAUUUGUACGACGACUUCAGGCACAGACGCAAGGAUGUUUGCAAGUUGUUGAGCGUACCUGCGCCCGACUGGGCAUCAUUCAAGCAGCAGCAGCAGCAGCAACAGCCACUCUACAACAUGACAAAGAGCGAGGAUGUUUCACCGACGGCGGCAAAAGUCUCUGAUGGAGCGCUGGUUGCGAGUGCUACCAGCUGAGUGAGUGUGGCGAGGGAAAAGGAUUGGAUCGGACGAUGUUUGCCAGUACUGUAUGGACCAAAAAAAAAAGAACAUGGUGAGAGCCGGCUCACGUAAGCGGGAGUUGACGGUAGUUGAAGGGCAGGCGUGGAGGGGGAGCAAAUUGAAUUGGUAGUGUCGUCAUGCCAG